GAUCUUUUUGUACAUCGGAAAUGGAUGAUCGUCUGGUGUCUGUCCAUUCUUGGAUUCGCAGAAUGACCUCUUGACCAGAGCCAGAGAUUAUAAGGUCUGAACAGGAUCAGACGGGGGGAGGGAGAGAGAAAAAUGUGCCAUAAAGCAGAGGGAGGAAAACUAUGGUAACAGACCACGCGAAUCUUCGAAAUGACACGCACCGGGGGGUUUGAACACAAUGGUUCUUCUGGCUAACCGCCGACGAUACACGUGCCUUGUUUUUCUUUUCGCCCUGCCUAACAUCUGGGGAUUCUUUGGGCUGACUGCCAGAGAGCCCAUUCCAACGCUGAGCUGGGAGGCGCAGGACAACGUCAUCGGCAUGGAGAAGAUGGCCAGCAGCCAGGCGCCGGUGUCCCCUAGGGAACUGUGCAAGCUUCUCAAGCUGCACCGACGUCAGCAGCGGAUGUGCCGGAGAGGGAAGGGCAUCCCGGAGACCCUCAUCAAGGCGACACGACUGUCGGUGUUGGAGUGUCAGCACCAGUUCAAGUACGAGCGCUGGAAUUGUUCGUUAGGACAGUACCGACAGAACAUCCUGGAGAAGGGAACCAAGGAGACGUCCUUUCUGUACGCAAUAUCGUCUGCGGGCCUGGUGCAUGAGUUCGCGCGUGCGUGCAGUCAAGGUGUGCUGGACAGGUGCACGUGUGACGAGUCCAAUCCCGCCGAGAACAAGAAGACCUGCUGGGGCGGCUGCGGGGACAACAUUCAGUUUGGACUGCAGUUCACGAGGCGGUUCCUCAAGAGGGCCAACAAAGCCGGCAAAGACAUUCGGGCCAAAGUGGACCAGCACAACAGUCGUGUUGGCAUAAAGGUGGUCAGCCAGCAAGUGAACACCACCUGCAAGUGCCAUGGCGUUUCCGGUUCCUGCACCGUCAAGACCUGCUGGUUGCAGUUGGCUCCUUUCCAUUCCGUGGGCAACAUCCUUAAACACAAGUACGACAACUCAGUGCCAGCAGCUUCCCACACCAACAAAGCCACCGGCAAGACACAGCUGGCCAAGAGGCGGGACUCCGGAGGUAGUGCAGCCCUGACCCAGCAGACCUCGGAUCUGGUGUCCCUCAAGCGCGGGGAGCUGGUGUACAUGGAGGAGUCCCCAGCUUCUGUCGCCGUUCGCGCUUUUCCCCCGGCACCAGCGGGAGGGUCUGCUCCAGGGCCGACGACAGCUGCGAGUCCAUCUGCUGCGGCCGCGGCUACAACGUGCAGCAUCGGCGGGUCAAGCGAGCCUGCCAGUGCGAGGUCAUCUGGUGCUGCAUGGUCAAGUGCAAGGAGUGCGUGGAAGAGGAGGAGAUCUACCUGUGCAAGUGAUGCAUACCUGGUUGACUUCGUUGCUUGACACCCUUUACUAGUCUUCUCCUCAUCUGAUGAGGUAGAAACAAACAAGAAGAAAAACAAAAAUUAACCGUGAGGUGGGUGAGGUAUUAGUUCGCACUCUUCUGUUCGAGGGGGCAGUCUAAUCGGGAGGAUGUACUCCUCUCCUCUACUCCGCUGCCUUGUCCUUCGCCAGCCUUGUACAGGUGUCAACUGGGUGAGGGUGGAGAAGUAGUCUACUGUGCCAUUGGCUUCCUUGAAUUCCUCCGGUCGUAGACACCGAUCCUCUAACCACUCGACCACCGCUUUCCCAGGAAUGAAAACUAAAGUGCAAAUUUCUUGCAUCUUGUUUCGUUUGCUUUGUAAUAGAAUGAAGUUCAGAGGAUGAAUGGAUAGAUGUUGCCCGUUUGUGAUUCUUUUUAUGCAUUGACUGGGUCUUACGAGAGGACUAGCAUUAGCAAACCUCUAGAUAUUUUACAGGAAGAAAAUAUAGACCCUGUGACGGCUUUAUCUUCCACCUUGUACCAAACAGUGCAGGGAAGAGAAAGGAAUGGAGAGUUAGAGGAGGGGGAAAAUCAUCUUCAGAGACAAAACUCCUCAAAGAAAAUAUUGUGAUGGAAUACAAGUAAUCGUUCUUAACGAGAACGACCAGGAAGUGGGAAAGUAAAGUUCAUGUACGCCACAAAUACUGUAGUGCACACGACAGAGGCUUUCGCAUGCAUUUGCUUUUAUCAGAACUGUAACCCCAUGACCCCAGAUGCCAGCCUGCAAAAAGAAAAGUAUAAGACUCGUGACGGCCGGGCAUUACAUGCUCAGAUAAGUCGACGUGGCCUCGAUGAACCUUGUUGAACAAUAUUUUGUGGGACACAAGCGUCAUAGAAAAUGUAUUCUCGAAUAUGUUUGCAGGUAGAAUCUCUUGUACUUUCACGUGGUUGCUAGCCGGGCAGACAUCAACCAGGAAUUCAUGGGACAUAACUGUGUAACGUUGAAUGGGAGAUAAUUCAAGGCGUCACUGUCGGUACACACCACAUGGUCAAGGGAGGACAACCUUGUUAACUGUAUAAUCACCAGUUGCUAUAAUACUUUACGAGAAGCACAUGAACUUGGUAAGAGUAUUGUUACACAACAAAAAAAUCAAAACAUUGAUAUGCGCACCAACGAAAGAAUGGGUGCAGGUGCAGCAGGUGCAUGCAGGCAUGCGAGUGAAUGUGUAUGUAUGUGAAAGCAAAUGUCUUUGUUUUUUUUGUGCAUAUGUCAAGGGUGGCACUAAAUCGAGCUGUUUGUCACAAAAGUGAUCAUAUAAAAGAUAUACACACAUUAAGGACGACUUCCCCUUUAGUUUUAUCUCGGAGGUCGUCUUUGAUAUGGAAGCCAAAAACAAAAUGUCAGAACGGACAAGAAGUCUUAAGAUUUUCAAUGUGCUUUCUUGAUACCCUUACAAGCAUAUAACUUUGUUGAACGUGUCAGAGAAAUGCGAGUUUAUGAUCAAUGAAUCAGAACCAAACAUAGAUAUGUACAACAAGCUAAAAUGUUUAUUUUGGUGCGCAUAGGUGUGUAUGUUUGUGUGUGGUGCGUUCGUGCGGUCAUAUCUUUGCAUAUAUUUAAAAUAGAGCGUUCAACUAUGGGUAGAUGAUAACGUGUGCAUAUAUAAUUAUAGCUAAAUAGCAGGCAUAAGACAGAUAUUUGUUUUAACAAUUCAAACAAAUCCAGAGAACACAAAGUUAUUAUUACACCAUAGCAAAGGACUCCUCGGAUAUCAACAUCUAUUUGCACCUAAAGCUCAAGAAAUUGAUGAACAUCGUUUUCCUAUCAGGAAAAAAAAACCCCAAACAACAGAAAUAUAUAUUUUAUCUGGGUGCUCUUAUCACUGAUGUCUUUGACGCUGAAAUAAAUUACCAAAACGAGAAAACCAUGCAUUGUCAUCUGCUCAUGUUUUCACAUUUUUCCCGUGUCUUAGCUUGACUUGUUUUUUAAAGCUUGUUGUCAUGUUUUAGGAUUGUUUAAAAAUUAAUUCAAUCUGAAUGAUAAAGAAACGUUUAGUAAAUAUAAUCUGCAUCGUGUUUAUCACAUCAAACUAAUGCCAUGUAGUGCUGGGCAUUGGCUUUAAUCUGUAACAUCCUUACACUGUUUGUUGUUUCUGUUUGUGAAAUUCUUGCUAUGUCAAAAUACUGAGGCUUGUUUGACAUGGGAACACUUAUUAAACUAUGAUUUCUGUGCGUGCUCCUAUGUCAUGUUCGUGGUAAAAGCAUUGUUAUCAAUUCUGAGAUUUUCAAAGAGAAACAAAGAGAGAGAGAGACUGAGAGAACGAAGGAGGAGAAGAGAAGAACGAGGUGGGGAUGGGGAUGUCUGAGCGGCUUAGUGUUGGUAUCGUAUAAAAUCUUACAACAACCAGCUUUGUCGGGGUACUUUCCAGAGUCAUUAAUUUUGACACCUCACUGCCUAUUUGGAAACUGGUAUCUUAAUUAUAAUCCUCUUUUGUUAUUUAUUUGCAAUAUGCACCAUAGAGAAACAGUAGACCUGCGCUACCAACAUUCCUCUUUCAUACAUAAUUAUGGUUAAUGUAUGCACAUUUCGCCUACAAGGAUACACUUCAGGUUUAAACGAUGUGUUUUGCGCCACAGAAGGAAUUUUGUCGACUGUUUAUAUUUAUAUAUAAGCGCAUGUGUGUAUAAAAUAUAUAGUUUCACUUUUUGGAGUAUUAAUUAUCUUCUUUAAAUAUUGCAGUUAUAUGUGAGCUUUCGAAUAUGAAAGAUCUAACGACGUGUACUAAAGUACUGUCACACGUACGUGUGUUUGAGUGUUUUUUUUUUUUUCAGUGAGAGCGAGAGAGUGAGAGAGAGAGAGAGAGUUAACUAAGGAAUUAAGGAAAAACAAUUUCCACUUUUUUCCUUGUUCAAGUCAAGCUUUUUCGCUUCUUUAAAUCAUGCUUAUUAUCUAACUUGCUUGGCUUUUGUCUGGAGCCCAAAACAUAAGAAAACGAAUGAUGAAUGACAAAUUUCUUUGCCACAAACAGCGGUGUGUUUGAUACCUCCACGGUGUGAUAAAUUGGCUGAAGCAUUUACAUAUUGUUGAUUUGAUCACCUUCGCAAAACAAGUUUUAAGCAUUUGUAGAAACGCAAAACAAUGAACUUUCUUUGGUUUUGUUAAAGGUUCGAAGAAAGUAAUUAAAAUUUGUUGAA